CUCCCGGCUCCUGCGCCGCCCUCCCGAUACGAUACCCCACAACACAACAAACAGAGCAGCGCCACCGCGGCCGCGGCGACCUCGUCCCCCCCCCCCCCCCUCUUCUUCCCCGCAGGCCGCAGCAGCGCCAGCCCACCAGAAAGAAGAGACGCGCCGCGCCGCGUGGUUGGGGGGCGGCUUAUGAUUGAGGCGGGGGCCGGCGCCGCGCCUGCUAUUUAGAGAGCCCGCACCGUCGCGCGGGAAGCGGAGCGAUCGAAUCGUAUCGGCCGAGCAAUCAAUCAGCCUGCCUGCUGCUGCGGGAGAGAUGGCGUCGGGGUACCGCGCCGAGGAGGAGUACGACUACCUGUUCAAGGUGGUGCUGAUCGGGGACAGCGGCGUGGGCAAGUCCAACCUGCUGUCGCGGUUCGCCAGGGACGAGUUCAGCCUCGAGACCAGGUCCACCAUCGGCGUCGAGUUCGCCACCAAGACCGUCCAGGUCGACGAGAAGCUCGUCAAGGCGCAGAUGUGGGACACCGCCGGCCAGGAGAGGUACCGCGCCAUCACGAGCGCCUACUACCGCGGCGCGGUGGGCGCGCUGGUGGUCUACGACGUGACCCGCCGCAUCACGUUCGAGAACGCGGAGCGGUGGCUCCGGGAGCUGCGGGACCACACGGACGCCAACAUCGUGGUCAUGCUGGUGGGCAACAAGGCCGACCUGCGCCACCUCCGCGCCGUCUCGCCCGAGGACGCCGCGGCCUUCGCGGAGCGGCACGGGACCUUCUCCAUGGAGACGUCCGCGCUGGACGCCACCAACGUGGAGCGCGCCUUCGCCGAGGUCCUCCGCCAGAUCUACCACGUCGUCAGCCGGAACGCGCUGGACAUCGGGGAGGACCCCGCCGUGCCGCCCAGGGGCAAGACCAUCGACGUCGGCGCCGCCAAGGACGAGGUCUCGCCCGUGAACGCGGGCGGGUGCUGCUCGGCUUGAGCCUUUUUCCUUUUUCCUUUCCUCCCCUUUAGCCCCUGGUCAAACAAUGAAACGCUUUCCUGGUUAAGGAAGACGAGAGGACGUGCUGCCAACUGCCGCAAUCUUGCUUGACAUGGUCAAGCUGUUGGGGUGGUUGGCGCUCGACAUUGACACCGUGUUUUGGAGAGGGCCGCAUGUUGUUUUCCAACCUUGCAAUCGCUGUCUAAAGCAUGUAUUCAUCGGCUGAUCGGCCCAUAUGAUUGAUACGGUAGCAUAUAGUACUAUAUAAUCAUUACGAGUGACAGACAGGUUAUGAAUUCUGAAAUUCCGUCAUACUGAUAUGUUGGCGCUGGAAAUUUGCAGUGCUUUUCACCUA